AUGCUGCGGUUGACGGUUUCCAGUAUUCCGGCCCUAUUGGUGCGCCCAUUUUCAGUUUGUCGUCCCGUUUUAUCGGGACACAACAAAUGGUCAACCAUCAAACACGACAAAGCCAAGAAUGACUCCGAGCGAAACAAGCUGUUCAACAAAUUUGCCAAUCAAAUUGCGCUAGCUGUCAAGCUUGGAGGUGGGUCUUCAGAUCCUCUGCUAAACGUCCGUUUGGCAGCGGCUAUCGAAGCUGCCAACAAGAACAACGUUACCAAGCGGGUGGUGGAAAACGCUAUACGCAAGGGUUCGGGAGCUACCAGCAAAGACGGAGCAAAGUCAGAUACAUGUGUUUACGAGGGAAUGGGCCCCGGAGGUGUGGCCUUUGUUGUUGAGGCUCUCACAGACAACAAGAACAGAACCAUCGGGCUGGUCAGAAGCGCUUUCACAAAGGCCAACGGGAGCAUCACACCGACACUGUACUUUUUCGAACGCAAGGGAAGUGUUGUUGUCCAACCACCGGUCGCACUACGCGAAUUCGACCAGGUCAUGGAAAAGGUUUUGGAAAUCGACGGAGUCGAAGAUCUCGAGGUUUUCGAGCCACAAAACACCGACAAGGACGCACUGAGAGCCGGAUACGGGGACAUGCUUUACGAAUUGAGCACAGACCCGGUUCAUGCGAACCAGGUAGCUUCUGUCCUAAAAGAAGGUGGGUUUUAUAUCCAAGAGGUCAACGUCGCCUACGUGCCGAAAGAUGAUAUGGCGGUCGAGAUUCUCGACGAAGAGACCAAAGCCAAGCUCAAAAAGUUUAUGGGGCAACUCGACGAGAUUGAUGAUGUUACCGAUUUCUAUUACAAUUUGAAGACUAGCACUUAA